AUGGGUCAAAAUGGGCCAUUUGCUCAUGCAGUUGCCGGAGGGGGUGGUGGAGGGAGUGGUGGUGGCAAGUACGGUGGGUAUGGUUAUGGGGGCGGAUCUGGUUUGAGCUCUGGUUUCACCCUGAAGAGCGGACCAACUUAUAGUGGAUAUACUGGAGCUGGUGGUAGUGGUGAAGGUGGUGGUGGUGGAAAGGCUGGAGGUGAUUAUGGUUCUAGUGGCUAUGGGACAGGUGGUGGGUCUGGUUCUGGUACUAGCGAUGGAGUCAGCUAUCAAGUUAGCUCCGCAUCUGCAAGUGCUAAGAGCAAUGGUGGUGGGCAAGGAAUGAGUCAAAAUGGUGGGACCGGAGGUGGCCAAGUACGCGGAUCCGGAUAUGGUGAUGUAAACCCUUGA